AUGCGGCUCGCACUGUAUUUCACCUUCGCCUGCUUGGCGGGAGCUCAUGAUGGUUCCUUGAGGAACAUGCUGAAGUGCCUUGAGGAUGAGCUGGGCUACAGGACCUUGUUGCUCUUGGAAAGUAGUUCCCAACUCGAGUGCUGGGACCGAACCAACUUCCACGACGGAGUUCCGCUGCUAAGCUUUACAGCGAACGAAAACGUUUACCUUAAAGAUACUUUCAACGCAAAGAUACUGGUGCUGGUCUGCCUGGAUAAAGGCGAAGAAGAUACUAUGAGGUCACUGUACAGCUAUCUGGAGAACCUGCGAGACACUCCCACCAUUCUAUUCGCAUCUUCGGACUGGGACAUAGGCGAUAUCUUCGAGGAGUGCUUCAGUGAGAGUAUGCUGAAUGUCCUCGCGUUCAAUGACUCCAGAAUGGAGUUCAUCUACAGCUUCCAUGCAUUCCCAGCACUUCGCGUUGUGAAGCGCAGGGUGGAGGAAGUGCGUCGCUACUUUGAGCCUCAGCUUGAGGAUCUGGGGGGCUGUGUGCUGCAGAGUGUGCCCGACGGCAUCAUGCCGAGAACUUUGGUGCACCGCGGCGCGGAUGGAGUGAUGCAGAUGGGCGGAUACCUGAGCCACUUCAUCCGGAACUAUGUGAGCACCAUUAACGCCAGUCUGCAGAUCCGCUGGGACCUGUACCCGGAGGACGGCAACUUCGAUAUGGACAGUUUCAGCGGGAGAAAUCACGUCGACUUUCCCUUGGGCCUGGGCGGUAUAACUUUCGAGACAUUGCAGCAGGACAUCCCCAUGGAGAUAUCCAGCUGGUUCCUCAUGCUGCCCAAGGAGCCCACCCUUCCUCGAGCCCGGUUCUUCACCAAAUUCGGCUUGUCGCUGUACCUGAUACCCAUCAUCAUACUCCUGGCCAUGGUGCUGAGUAACGCACAUCGCUUUGAAGCUGGCUUAUCUCCCAGCUGGCGCUGCUGUUCGGUGGGGAGCACUGUGAUCCGGGGCGUCCUGGCGCAGCCAUUCAUCCUGCCGCAUAGGCUCUCGGCCAAGCUAAUGUUCGUCUACUGGCUGCUCCUGGUCAGUGGCUUCUUUGUCAGCAACUACGUGAUGGUCUACCUCACAGCCUGGCUCGUCCAACCCCCGACAAGUGAACCGGUAACCAACUUCGAUCAAAUGCGCAGCGCACAGCUGAAGAUCCUGAUGCUGCCGCCGGAGGUGGAUUACUUGAAGUCCAUAAGGGGCAAGGAGUAUGUGGAGUCGCACAGCGAACUCUUUCUGGCAGCCGAUCCUGCGGAUUUUCAGACCAAGCGAAUGUCCAUGGAGCUGCACUUUGCCUUUCCCGUGACGGGCACCUUGUGGCCACUUUUGAAGCAGGCCCAAGUCAAACUCCACCGGCCCAUCUUCCGGCGAUCCAAGGAGUUGGUCUUCCUGCCCUUCAUAAUCAUGGGCAUGACCAUGCCGAAGAACUCCAUAUUCCUCAGCUCGCUCAAACGCUAUAGGCUACGGACCAGUGAGGGCGGCCUGUAUCUGCUCUGGUUCCAGAACAGCUUUUCCGAGCUGGUGGCCAUCCACAAAAUCUCCUACAAGGAGGACUGGGUCCAUGACUCCUACUCUGAUCUGCAGUGGCAGGAUUUCCACUUUGCCUGGCUUGGCUUCCUUGCAGGAACUACCGUGAAUUGCCUGGUCUUCCUGGCCGAGAUUGGGUACCGCAGGUGGCUCUGCAGGCGCACUCACCAAUGA